AUGGCCGACCAGGGCAGAAAGAGAUCCAGGGUAGCCUGCAAAAAUUGCCAAACCAGGAAGCGAAAGUGCUCUGGAGAUAGUCCAUGCAGUACCUGUAUACAGGUAGGCACUGAGUGCCACUACGACCUGCUUUCUCGCAAGAAGAAAGAUAUCCGACAUUUCCAGUCACAGCCAGCGGCAAGCUCACUGCUGAGUCCAGCAACGGUACAGAAUGAUAUCGCCGCGAAACGGCAGCAGCAAGGUCAACAAUCAAACCCAGCGGUUUUGGCGGGACUCCUACUGAAAGCCCUGGAGGCGAAUUCGGGCGCGGCAUUUGCGCGGCGCCUCAAUCCAAAGAACGAUGUGGCGGGAGCUCCAAAAUUGCACCUUUUUGGCUGGAAUGUUGGAGCCCGUUUUCCUACUCCAGAAUGGGCGGCAGCCCUGGCAUCUGUUCAGCCACGGGCAGUGGUCGAGAUCAUCUCCCAGGAUGAGAUGCGAUCUUUGGCUGGCAUCUUCUUUGAGAGGGUGGAUCCCUGCUACCCUUUUAUCGAUCAGGAUACUCUACUGCGCCAAAUAAGUAGGCGAUGGCUGCCGGCCACGUCCGAGCCUCCGGGCUUUGAUCCUUACGACGCCGUACUCUGCGGCGUUGCUGCCUUUGGCUAUCUUUUUUCCCGCCGACGAGCUACAACGACGGAACUGCAACUUGUCGAGUCUGCUCGGUCAAUCCUUGAGCAGAGUCUGCAGUCCGAACCGGUUUCUCCCCUUGAAACGGUGACGGGUUGGGUGUUGAGGGUCGCGUACCUUAGGAUGACGGCCACCGCGCACGCAGCCUGGAUGGCCAGCUGCUCUCUGAUGCACCUCAUUGAAGCGACAGGCAUGCACAUUGAGCCGUCAUCAAAUACAGCACUGGAUCUGGCGUCAACAAGCGAAUCCUGCGACCCUGAAACCCGACGGCGCCUUUUCGCCAUGGCCCGCCAUCUGAAUGUCUGGAUAUCCUUCGAACUCGGACGCUCCCGCGUCGUCCUUCAAGGCGCAACCUCUCUCCCCCCAAGCCCACGACCAACAAACCCAAAUCCAAGAUCCACAGCAAGCUUCUCAGCAGGAGUAGAAACAGCAACAGACAUCUUCAACCUCCUCCCCAUUUCCGAAAGCCUAGAUCCAAACGAAGCACAGGACAUCUCAAACCUCGAAAUUGCCCUGACGGACGUUUGCAACAUAGUCUACAGCCAACCCCAUCUUAUCCUCGUCCAAUGUAACCUAAUGCUCUGCAUCUACCGCCGGCUACGUGCCCUCAACUCCAUCAUCUCAGGAGACCUCCUCGACCGCGUCCUAGCGCUCUCGGGGAAAGGUCUUAAAGCCGUCUCCGAACUCGUCGCAGUCAAUUCCCCGUGGCACCAAAUCGCGAAUGUCCCCUUCCAGGUUGUAUGCACUCUGCUGGCUAUCGAUAACCGUGCGUCACUAGCGAUGCUGCGUGAUUCGAUGCAUACGCUGCACGAGGUUGCCUCGGCGUAUGAUACAGAGGUUAUGCGCGAGGCCUAUACGACAGCCUAUCUGAUGAUUGUGAUGCAUCAGCGGCGGAAGGAGGAAGAUAUCCGGACGCUUAGGGAGGUGCUGCAAUUUAACCCGUCCAUGUCUGCUCCCGCCGAGACUCAGAUUCGGGAGUCUGCUGUGCAAUCGGAUCACACUCUUAUGGAUUACCCCGGGUUCUCCUGGCUGAGUGAUAUUCUUGUUGAUAUACCCAGUCUCCGGGAUUUCGAUAUGGAACCGACAUGA